AUGCCUUAUCCAGUUAGAGAUCAUAGUAACUCUACUUCGAAUUGCUUAAUAUUGGAUGAGCUAAAUUACGAUCGGAAGGCUUUAUCUGUAGAGCACGAAGCACUUCUUAGUAGAAUGACCGACGAGCAGAAGACUGUUUAUUCAAAGAUCACGGAUGUUGUUGAUUCUGCUAAUGGUGGUGUAUUUUUUGUAUACGGAUAUGGCAGGACUAAGAAGACCUACUUGUGGAGAACGUUGUCUGCGGGGUUACGAUCGAAUGGUAAAAUUGUUUUAUGUGUCGCAUCAAGUGGAAUAGCGUCUCUUUUGUUGCCUGGUGGAAGAACUGCACACUCUCGAUUUCUCAUACCGCUGAAUAUUCAUGAAAAUUCAUCCUGCGAUAUUGACCAGGUAAGUCCACUUGCGGAACUGAUAAUACGAUGCUCUCUCAUUAUAUGGGACGAGACGCCGAUGAUGCACAAACAUUGCUUCGAAGUUGUCCAAACAUUAUUGCAGGCUAUUAUGGGAGCAGUUGACCCUUCCAACAGUAACAAGCCAUUCGGAGGCAAAUCUGUUGUAUUUGGUGGAGACUUUCAACAAAUACUUCCAGUGAUUCUAAAGGGGAGUCGUCAGGACAUUGUGAACGCAACUAUUAAUUCUUCCGACAUUUGGAGGAAUUGUACUGUGUUGCGACUUACAAAGAACAUGCGUCUUCAGAGCAUUUCAGAUGCAGAGGAACUUGAUGAGCUAACAACAUUUGCUGAGUGGAUUGCGAGCAUUGGAGAUGGGACUGUAGGAGGAUCAAACGACGGUUGUGCCGCGAUUGACAUUCCAGAGGAUAUACGAUUGGAAACCUCAGAUGAUCCAAUUGCUACAAUCGUCGAAAGUACCUAUCCAAUGUUCAAAAAUGCAACUGACGAUCCAAGUUAUCUGAAGGACAGAGCUAUAUUAGCGCCUACUUUGGAGGUCGUUGAGUCUAUCAAUCAAUAA